AUGACGGGGAAAACAGCUCCGAACAUUGACUCUGGGGUCAUCGCUGUUCCCCCUAUUGCUGCAAAGGAGCUGAAUAUCUUCUGUCACCUGGAUCAUAACUUCAUGACGUGCAGCAUCCCGACACACCGUCUGUUUGUUCACGUCCGACGGUUGGUGUCCCAUGGACACAAGGUUGGUGUGGUAAAGCAGACUGAGACGUCUGCAAUCAAGGCCUCAGGAGCCAAUAAGAGCGCUCUCUUCGCUCGUCAGCUGAGCGCUCUGUACACCAAGUCCACUCUGGUGGGAGAGGAUGUGAACCCGGUGGGCAGUCUGGGGGCUGUGGAUGGGGGGGUCUCUGGUGACGUGGUGUCGGACCCCCUCGACAGCUUCCUGCUGUGUAUCAGUGAGAGCUGGGACAAAGUAAAGAAGCAGCUCACUGUGGGGCUGGUGGCAGUCCAGCCCAGCACAGGUGACGUGUUACUGGAUUGUUUUCCUGAUGAUGCGUCUCGCUCCGAGCUGGAGGGUCGUGUACUGAAGAUCAACCCUGUGGAGAUCCUGGUGCCCUCUGACCUCUCAGAGCAGACUCACAGACUCCUGCAGAGCAUCGCUGCCGCCAGCGCUCAGGCUGAUGACCGAGUGAGAGUUGAGAAGAGGGACAGCGCUCAGUUUGAGUUCACCUCGGCCAUGAACACAGCCACAGAGUUCUACUGCCACGCCCAGGAGAAAGGCUCUCGCUCUCUCUCGAGUGUAGCAUCCUUGGAGAGCCAAGUGAUCUGCUGUCUGGGGCCCCUCAUCCAGUACCUCCAAGAAUUCAACUUGGAGAGAGUUCUUAAAAGUGAAAG